ACGAGAGAGAGCGAGAGAGAGCGCGAGAGAGAGAGAUCAGCGAACAGCAUUUUCAAUGGGGUGAAUUUGAUAGUUUAACUCAGUGCAGGCGUCUGAAGAAAGAGAUGUUUGGCUGGAAAUGAUUGUUGAAUAAUUUCCAACAUCAUGGUGCAUGUCACGUAGAAAGAUACCUGACCAUAUGGGCGUGUAGCCGUGUACUUAAAUCGGAUGCGAUUGACAGUUGGCCGCGUGUCUUUCUUGUUUCUUGCAACUUCUUUUUAACUCUGCAGCUGAACCACGCUAAUCGAUGAGUCAUCAUCGAAGUUUAAUCAAACGCUCAGGCAACUUCCUUGGACUUUUAAAAACAACCCAGCACUAGAACAUCUGGAUCCAAGAAAACAUACUGACAAGAUGGGUGUGACCACUGAUGACAUCGCGUUCCGUUCCAACAUCCCAGUUGCGGCAGAUCUAACUGUGGCCGUAGUGUACGCUGUGUUUGGAGUCUGUUCUCUGCUCGGCAACAGCAUGCUGCUCUACGUCUCCUACAAGAAGAAACACCUGCUGAAGCCUGCAGAGUUUUUCAUCGUUAACCUGGCCGUCAGCGACAUGGGCCUUACGCUGUCCCUCUACCCCAUGGCUAUCACCUCCAGCAUCUACCACAGAUGGCUGUUUGGGAAGACAGUGUGUUUGAUCUACGCUUUCUGCGGUGUGCUGUUUGGCCUCUGUAGUCUGACCACUCUCACGUUGCUGAGCAUGGUGUGCUUUGUGAAAGUCUGCUGUCCCCACUACGGUAACCGGUUUAACCCAGUUCACGGCCGCCUGCUGGUAGCCUGUGCCUGGGUCUAUGCCCUGUUCUUCGCCUGCUCCCCUCUGGCCCGCUGGGGCGCGUACGGACCCGAGCCCUACGGGACCGCCUGCUGCAUCGACUGGCAUGUGUCCAACCGGCAGUCCAUGGCUCGCUCCUACACCCUGGCGCUCUUUGUGUUCUGCUAUAUUCUGCCCUGCUGCGUCAUUGUGGCGUCCUACACUGGCAUCCUGGUCACGGUGCGGGCAUCCCAGAAGGCCUUAGAGCAGCAUGUAUCCAGGCGAACGCACGUGAGCAACCUCCAGACCAUCAUCGUGAAGCUCAGCGUGGCCGUGUGCAUCGGCUUCUUUGCCGCGUGGAGCCCCUACGCCGUCGUGUCCAUGUGGGCGGCGUUUGGCCACAUCGAGAACAUCCCGCCCCUGGCGUUCGCCAUCCCCGCCAUGUUUGCCAAGUCCUCCACCAUCUACAACCCCAUCGUCUACCUCUUGCUCAGACCCAACUUCCGCCGGGUGAUGUGCCGGGACCUGGGGAGUCUCCGGCGGGCGUGCAUGCGGCGCUGCUUCUGCUCCCAGGGCCCUGAGAGGGUGUGCCCCUCCAAGCCCGUGGUGCGUCUCAGCCUCCGGACACUGGGCCUUCGCUCGGGCCAGUCUUGCUCCACCGACUACGCCCACGCUGCCCUGGCUGGCUCGAAAGGCUGCGUGCCCUGCAACAAGUGUGCCGACGCUUUCGAGUGCUUCAGGCACUACCCCAGGGUGUGCUGCGGUGCCAGCCCGCUGGGGAACGUCCUCCCCCCCCAGGACCAGACGGCCCUGGACAGCCCCCGGCCUCCGAGGCAGGCUGGGCAGAAACCACUGCAGCGAGACUGUCAGAAGAAGUCGCUGUGCGCCACUAUGCGUGGCAAAAGGACUUCUGAGAUCGACAAGCUCCAGAUCAGUUUGGAGAUGGUGCCAGGACAAGCCAAGAUAGCUUGGCCUUAGUAAUGCUAUACAUUCGCUUUUUUAGUUCUAUUUUUGACAUCACUGAAAGCAUUUUUUAAAAUAUUUUUUAUGGUGUAAUAUUUAUUCUAUUCAUUCCAGAUAUGUAUUUAUUUAUAAUGUAUAUAACCAGUGACUCAUUACUGGAAAUGACUUAGUAAAACCUGAGCUUCACCUCAGGGAAUCCCAGGGUCUUGAGCCAGUGGGGAACCAUACAGACACAAACACACAGACGUUAGGUGCGUUCGACU